AUGCGUUCUUGUACUCUCCUCAGUAUCGCCAACUGCACGGUGGAGACAUGCCCCCUUAGUUGUGCUCAGGUGGAAUAUCUCCCAACUGUUGCUGGAAAUGCCACCUAUGCUGCUGCUUUUGGCCUCCUUCUCAUCGUGCAGCUCGGGCUCGGCAUCAAGUAUAAAAUAUGGGGAUUCCUGGUUGGCAUGACAUGCGGACUGGUCAUUGAGAUUGUCGGAUAUGUUGGCAGAAUCAUGCUGCAUAACAACCCAUUCGACUUCAACAAUUUCAUCAUGUAUCUCGUCCCCUUGACAAUCGGACCGGCUUUCCUCGCCGGUGCCCUCUAUCUCUGCCUCUCUCGCAUCAUCAUCGCCUACGGCCAGGAAAUUUCCCGCUUCAGCCCGCGCACCUACGCAAUCACCUUCAUGACAAGCGACUUCGUAUCUCUAGUCCUUCAAGGCGCCGGCGGAGGGCUCGCAGCCACAGCCGGCACCCAAUCAGGGCUGGACACAGGAAGGGGAAUCAUGAUCGCCGGUGUUGUGUUCCAAGUCGUCUCGCUGCUGAUAUUCAUGGGCUCGUGGCUAGAGUUUGCGCUCAGCCUGCGCGGGGUGAGCGAGAACAAUAGGGAUGCGCGGUUUGCUAAGCUGAGGGCCUCGAAGAAGUUCACCUGGUUCCAGUAUGCGCUCUGCGCAGCCAUUGUACUCAUUUUCAUCCGUUCAGUGUACCGCGUCGCAGAGCUGCAGCAAGGCUUCACAGGACCCAUUGCCAACGACGAGGUGUCGUUUAUGAUCCUAGAGGGGCCAAUGAUCAUCUUGGCUGUGCUUGCGGUGACGAUCCUGCACCCUGGUGUUGCAUUUGCUGGUCACUGGAGUAGUGCGGCCUGGUCGGUCAAGCAGUCGAGAAAAAAUGCCUUUCUCCCGAGUGGCUCAUCGACUGAGGAUAUUCAGCUGCAGUAG